GAGCCAAGUUGGUACGGUUUGAUAUUAUUACUCAACGAGAUGAAUAGUGGGAGUGCUUCUAUGGGUGUAACUAUGGAAAAGCUGGUUGGCAAUAACUAUAGUUAUUGGAAGUUAUGCAUGGAAGCUUAUCUACAAGGGCAAGAUUUGUGGGAUUUAAUUGAAGGUGAUGACACAGACAUUCCAGCCGAUACUCCACAGAAUGCAAAAUUACGCCAACAAUGGAAGAUCAAAUGUGGAAAAGCCUUGUUUACCUUGCGGACUUUGAUUAGCAAGGAGUAUAUUGAUCAUGUUCGUGAUUUAAAGUCACCAAAGCAAGUAUGGGAUACACUUCAAAAGUUGUUCACUAAGAAAAAUACCGCUCGACUGCAAUUUCUAGAGAAUGAACUAGCUAUGAAUUAGAUGCUGAGGAGCCAGUGAGUGAUGCUCGAUUACGGCGUUAUCUUAUUCGUGGAUUACGGAAAGAGUUUAUGCCCUUUGUUUCCUCAAUACAAGGGUGGGCA